AUGAGAUCCACCGACGAUGAUCCGGUGAUCGCCUCCUACGACAUUGUCCUGACCGACUCAGACAUCUCUCGAUAUGUCUUUCAAUACCUCGACCGACCUGCCAAACUCCCCUACAAUGCGCGAAGGGGCCAGAAGCCUACCUCACUGCGAAUGAAGCCCGGCACCGGCAUGGUAGAGAUCGAAGUUCCCAUCCAGACCCGAGGCACCUACGACGUGAACAAGGGCCUCAAAUACGGCGAUGCGAUGAAAAAGAGUCGCGCCAAUCGUGAUGGUGGCGCCUUCGGAAUGGCUGGUGGCUUCAGCUCUGGAAGUCUGGCCAGUGGUGGAGGUCGAGUCAAGGCCGAGGGAAGCGGCGAUAUUGAAGUGCUGGACAGUAGGAAGAUGGUGGACCCGUCGUCAUUGGUCACUACACAAGCGCUUGGAGGCCGCAUUAAGCCCCAGGAAGAAGGAGAUCCGGUCUACAUGCUCGCUACGUUCAAAGGAAAAAAUCUGCACCUUUCCCCGGUUUCUGCAGUUGUCCAAUUACACCCCCAGCUUCACCAUCUCGAUGCGCUAGAUGAAGCUCCCAAGGGUCGUGGCUCCAAGGGCAAGAAAGAUGACGAAGAUCGCCCGGCUGAGUCCGAGGCGCGUGCUAUUGAUGUGAAGAUCAAGGGCGCCGAAGAUGGAGGCGCCGUCCUUCAGGGAAACCUGGAGCUUCUGAAAAAGAUGCAAGAGGAGAAAUGGAAGAAAUUUGAGUGGGUAGAUGCCGAGACCGAGGACUCAUGGUUCACAUAUGAAAACUACAUGAUGAACCCGAACGUUGACGAACUGCCACAACUUGAAGCAACCAUCAACAGUGAAGACUAUCUUGAUGGAAUGAGUGCUCCUCGAAUUGAUCCUGCACGGCCAGAGAUGACGGGAUGGGCCAUGAAGCAGAACCGGCAGAAGCAAAGAGAAGGACGGUCAGACGGCGAGGAUGAAGAG